AUGACUCGAAUAAAAAGGGAGAUUCUCUUUUGGCAAGCGCAAUGGUUGUUUUAUCUCGUACUCUUUUGGUGUAGGACAGAGGCUCAGCUUCGUUACGCCAUUCCAGAGGAGUUAAAAGAGGGUUCCGUUGUUGGAAAUAUAGCUGAAGAUAUUGGUUUGGGAAUAUCUGAUAUUUCUAUUCGAAAAUUGCGGAUAGCAUCUGAGUCCGGUAAGCAGUAUUUCAGUCUACAUCAGCGAAACGGUGAGCUUCUUGUUAGUGAAAUAAUAGACAGGGAGAGACUCUGCGGAAAAAGCACUAGUUGUGUUUUGCCAUUACAAGUCAUUAUCGAAGACCCACUAGAGUUUUAUCGUGUGGAUGUCGAUAUCCAAGAUAUCAAUGAUAAUUCUCCACAUUUCCAUUCGGACACAAAUAUCAUAGAAGUACCAGAAUCGACUGUUACGGGUGCUAAGUUUCGUUUAGAGACCGCUGAGGAUCCAGAUGUUGGACUGAAUUCCUUACGCAAUUAUAGUCUGAGCAAAAGUGAAUAUUUUGUCUUGAACGUUAAAAGUAGCAAAGACGGAACCAAAGUCCCUGAACUUGUUAUACAAAAGCCCGUAGACAGAGAAAAACAGUCAGUACACCAUCUCAUUUUAACGGCUAUUGAUGGUGGAAAUCCAGUUAGAUCAGGUACUACGCACAUCAACGUGCGGAUUUUGGACUCGAAUGACAAUGCACCUGCAUUUGAGCGGGAUUUACACGAGGUCCAAGUGAUGGAGAAUACAGCUCCAGGUACACUGGUACUGACUGUCAAAGCAAAUGACGUUGAUGAUGGCGUUAACGGUGAUAUUGUGUAUUCAUUUGGGGCGCAUACGCCAGAGGCUGUUCAAACUCUAUUUACCAUUAACUCAGAGACUGGCGAUAUUAUUCUAUCCGGGAUUCUCGACUAUGAGACAAGUACUUCAUACAAAUUCGACAUACGGGCUCGCGAUAAAGGAACACUAGCACUGGAGAGUCAUUGUGAAAUCCGGGUAGAGGUUUUGGACGUGAACGAUAACGUACCUGAGAUCACUAUCGCCUCUUUACCACAACCGGUCAAAGAGGAUGCGUCCGUCGGCACUACGGUAGCGUUGAUAGCCCUUAAGGAUUGGGAUUCUGGCGAUAACGGGAAAGUACAGCUACACAUGUCGCCGGAUUAUCCGUUCAAAUUAAAGCCAUCGUUUUCGAAUCAUUUUGCUUUAGUCACAGAUGGAAUUCUGGAUCGGGAAAAGUUUCCUGAAUAUCGUAUUGAGCUCAAAGCGUCCGAUUCUGGAUCACCCGCUCUAUCUUCUUUCAAUACCAUCACCGUAAAAGUACUAGAUGUCAAUGAUAAUGCACCCAUUUUUUCUCACCCAUUAUACACCGUUUAUGCAAGAGAAAACUGCCCUCCUGGUUCACUGCUGUCAUCAGUGUCCGCCUCAGAUAUGGACAUUGGAGAAAAUGCUAAAAUUUCCUACGCCAUCAUUGACUCUAAAACGCACACCGUAUCCAUACCUUCUUAUUUUUACAUAAAUUCGGAGAACGGCACAAUCUUUAGCAUGCAUUCCUUCGACUAUGAGAAAAUAAAAAUGUUUCAAGUGCUAGUACAGGCGAAAGACCAUGGGUCUCCAUCGCUCAGUAGCAACGCAACUGUCCAUGUUUUUAUUCUGGAUCAGAACGACAAUGCCCCUGCUAUCAUUUACCCCUCUGCAAUUAUGGGCUCUGUCUCUCAUCAGAGGAUGUCCCGGACUGCUAAAGCAGGACACCUCGUUACUAAGGUAACGGCAGUGGACGCUGACUCGGGUCACAACGCCUGGAUGUUCUAUAGACUUGUGGAGGCUACGGACAUGUCCCUGUUCAGUGUAAAUCUACAUACAGGAGAGGUGAGGACUAAACGCUCAGUUUCUGAGCAGGAUGACACCUCUCAGAGACUGAUAAUAGAGAUAAAGGACAAUGGAGAGCCAGUCCAGUCCAGCACUGUCACUGUGGAUAUACUAUUAGAGGAGGGGCUUCCCGAACCCGUUUCGGACAUUCAGCAGAAAAAUACAAAUUAUGGAAAAAACAACAAAAUCACAUUCUACUUGAUCCUCGCUUUGGCCUCUGUGUCUGUAUUAUCAUUGAUGACAUUUUUUGUCUUAGUUGUGAAAUGUGCAAGACAAGGCAGGGGUGGCACAAUGUGUUGCAUCAGACGGUCCGAUUCCGAUGGAUACAAAAAUCCCAACAGAAACCUUCAGAUUCAGCUCAACACUGACGGGCCUAUAAAAUAUGUGGAGGUCUUAGGAGGGGAUGUGUUGUCUCAAAGUCAGUCCUUUGGGUCCUGUCUCUCUCCACUGUCAGAAUUCAGUGACUUCACUCUCGUUAAACCCAGCAGCACCAUUGACUUCAAGGAAAUCAAUGUGCUUGAUGCUUCUUUACCAGACACUGCGUGGACAUUUGAGAGCCAGCAGGUGAGCAAUUUCCUCUUUUUCGAUUAA